CUUGAACACGACUAAGGUUCUUCCGUCUUCUUAGUGGUAUGCUUGGAGAUAGCCGAGGAUUCGCGAGGAGAUCAACUCCAGAAUCGAUCGCGCCCGCUCGAAAGUCGGUGCACGAUCCCCACUCCCUCGCAUGUCUCAGUGAGGCUACGUCGUCCUUCCCACGACAGCCCUGCUGCUCAUCACAACAUACGAGGUCGGAGACCAAUAGCCGUCUGCCCGAAGGUAUUUGAGAUAUAAACUUACGAAAGAUAGGUUUCCAUCGCCCCGAAUGAGUCCCUCCGCCAAAGGCGGGGUAAAGGGUCCUUGGUCUUCCUUAUAUCAUGCUCGAGUUUUACCCAGAAGAUUGAUUUGGAGCUGUGGCGUCGCUUUUGACGGAAAGUACUUCUAUGGCUAUUACCACGCCAUUUUAGCUCCUGACAAAUCAUCAUGCUCCAAGUCUAUUGCGAUCCUUGUACGGUCAACAGUCGCAAGGUGUUGGCUGGCCUGGGCCUUUUGGGCACAGAAUACCAAUUUCACCACAUUGACUACUUCACUGGCGAGCACAAGAGUCCCGAAUUUCUCAAAGAGAUCAACCCACAUGGCACGGUCCCUGCUGCAAUUGAUGGAGACUUGAAGAUCACCGAGUCCAAUGCCAUCUUGCAGUAUGCCGCCGAUGACAGUGGCUCGUUAUACCCGAAGAAUGCAAAGCAACGAUGCCUCGUCAACCGCUGGCUUCUUUGGGAGACCUCCGUCUGGUUUCCUUCAUGCUACAUCUAUCUGGUGGAAUUUGUGGUAAAACCGCUGCUCAAAGAAGAACCAGACCAGUCGGUCAUCGAUGGCGAAGCACCAAAAUGGCACAAACAUGCCGCAAUCCUAGAGGAACAGUUGUCUCGGACCAAGUGGCUCGCUGGCGACAGUCUCACUAUCGCUGACGUCGCCGUCGCUUCACCAAUGCAUCUGCACGCCGCUCAACAACUUCCGCUGGAACGAUACACCCACCUUACACGUUGGAUGAAGCAGAUUGAGGAACUUCCUGAAUGGCAGAAGACUCAGUCGGCGGUCGACAAGGCGUUGCUGCCAGGUAAGGCUGCCAGCACCAACGGUGCCAGCAAUGGCACUAAUGCCAAUGCCAAAACAGUUAGCGCUAAUUUCAAUUAUACAAAGGACGUUGACAAGCGCACUGAGCUGUACUUCUACGACUCGGGAGCGGCAAAGGACAUCCACGAGCCUGGGGAUGAUCCACACGAACUGCCAGUCACGGACGGGUGGUCUCGAGCCGAUUCGUUUUCGGUGGACAAGGAGGGUUUCUCCCUCCAUCAGAUUCAGACCGAUUUUGCGGGCUGGGAAAUCGAGGAGUCGGUUCGGGAACAAUUCUACCCAGAAGUAGUGGAUUUCCUCAAGGGAGCCACUGGGGCCAAGCGUGUUCUUGUCUUUGAUCAUACCAUCCGGACGAAGCGGAAUGAAGCCAAAAGAUUGACUCAAGAAACCAACACUUCUCAACGAGCUCCAGUGAUGCUGGUACACUGUGAUUACACGGCCGAGUCUGGCCCCGUCCGUGUGCGCCAACUGCUGAAGGACGAGGCCGAUGAACUCCUUUCUCGGCGGGUGUCAUUCUUCAAUGUGUGGAAGCCGCUGCACCACACGGUCCAAGAAAGACCACUGGCCAUGUGCGAUGUCUCUUCGGCACCCAUGGACGAUUUCUUCAAAUUGUACCUCCACUAUCGUGAUCGCAUCGGCGAAAAUUACGUUAUGCGAUAUUCGCCGAAGCCCAAGUGGUGGUAUUUCCCCCAGAUGACUCCUUCGGACGUCAUUAUCUUGAAAACAUACGACUCCGAGACCGAUGGACGCGCGCGGUUCGUCGGGCACAGUGCAUUCGAGGAUCCGAACUCACCACCUGAUGCGCCGCUUCGUGAGAGCAUCGAGAUCAGAACGAUAGCUUUCUUCUAAGAAGUUGCCAAUGUAGACCUGUUCAAGAUAUACUUUUGUUUUAUAUAAGCGCCUUCCACCAUGGCAGAAUGGAGCACAGUAGCAGUAGCCGUAGCAGGGUAUCAUUUGACAAGAGAUAUAAUGAGCAAUGUCACUUUCCCAAAACACAAAACCAAGAUGCCAGACUGAAG